AUAUUUACUUUGCCCUCAGCUCCAUCAGCGGCGUCGGCAGCCGACUAGCCGUAAAUCUUCUCUCUCAUUGUCAAGCCACACAAAAACUCACACACAGUGAUACAACACACUCUCUAUACCAUAAUAUAUACGGUUAAUAUAUACUAAUAUUAGUAUAUAAUUUGCAGUAAUGUUGUCUCUAUUUACGUCCUAUAUAGAAGCAUGUUGGAAUAAUCUCCCUCUCCCUCUCCCUCUCCUUCUAUCUCUACUUUCUCUCUCUAGAUUAAUGAUACAAGCAGCCACUUGAAGAAGCUGCUUUUACAUGGCGUUCCACGACCACUUCUCACAAGAAAUGGCACUCCAACACUUCAGCGACCAACACUUAACAGAAAACACGGCUGUUUUGCGCGGAUUAUUACCGGAACAACUCAACCACUCCUCGUCGGACGGUGCCGGAAAACCAACACAACUCGCCGCCGGGAGCGGCGGCGGAGGAGGAGCACCAACGUGGCUGAACAGCGCAAUUCUCCGGCAACAGAGCCACCACUACGCUGAUGGGAGCUUCCUGCACCUACAGACCACCAAUUCGGACUCGUCAACGUCGAACCAGUGGCUAUCAAGGUCAAUUCACGGUGAAAGCGACGACGUUCCUGUGACCAGUGAAUCGAUGUUGAUCAUUAAUCAAGAGAAGAAAUUGAGUAAUCAGAAUGAAAGUGAUGGAAAUGGCGAAGAGAGUAAUUGGCAGACUGCCAAGUGCAAAGCGGACAUUUUGAGUCAUCCUCUGUACGAGCAGUUGCUUUCGGCCCACGUUCAGUGUCUCCGUAUCGCAACGCCGGUCGAUCAGCUGCCGAGGAUCGAUGCACAGCUCGGUCAAUCGCAGCAUGUGGUGGCUAAGUACUCUGUUCUUGGACACAAUAAUCAGCCUCUGGACGAUAAGGACCUUGAUCAAUUCAUGACCCAUUAUGUUCUAUUGCUAUCUUCCUUUAAAGAACAAUUGCAACAGCAUGUUCGUGUUCAUGCAAUGGAAGCAGUCAUGGCUUGUUGGGAGCUUGAGCAAUCUCUACAAAGCUUAACAGGUGUGGCACCUGGUGAAGGCACUGGUGCAACAAUGUCAGAUGAUGACGAUGACCAAGCAGAUAGUGACACCAACUUGUAUGAUGGAAGUCUGGAUGGGCCAGAUAGCAUGGGAUUUGGUCCUCUUGUCCCGACUGAAAAUGAGAGAUCUCUGAUGGAGCGUGUGAGGCAAGAGUUAAAGCAUGAACUGAAACAGGGUUACAAAGAGAAGAUUGUGGACAUCAGAGAGGAAAUUCUGCGUAAAAGAAGAGCAGGAAAACUGCCAGGUGACACAACUUCCCUCCUAAAAGCUUGGUGGCAAUCUCAUUCCAAGUGGCCUUAUCCGACAGAAGAAGAUAAAGCUAGAUUGGUGCAGGAAACAGGUUUGCAACUGAAGCAGAUUAACAAUUGGUUCAUCAACCAGAGGAAAAGGAACUGGCACAGUAACCCUUCAUCUUCUACAGUUCUGAAGACCAAACGCAAGAGAAAUAAUGCAGCAGGUGAAACUAGCGGUGAGGUGUUCAUGUAAAUUGACAAAUCCAAACCGAAAAAGCGAACUCUUUCUUUGUCCAAAACUGGUGGGAAGUUCAGCAUCAAAGCUUGACACACUUCAAGAGCUGUAUAGCAGUAGAGAAAUGCGUUAGCUACAAUGGGAGAUUGCACUAUUUCGAGAUCUUUAUUUUACUCAUAGGAGAAAGCAUAGUCCAGUAAAUGAGGUGGCUAUUUGAUAGGCUCAAGUGGCUGACCUAAAAACUGAUGGAUGCUAGUUGACACUGGUAUAUGGUUAAAGGGUAACUAGUACAAAUGUUAAGCUCAAUGUAAAAUGCGAUCCAUUCAAGUAGUCCCUCUUGUCUUUUUAAGUACAUACUGGUGGAUUUGUAAUUUGGUCUCUGCUUUUGUUUUUGUGAAUAGGAAUGGUGAUUGGUUUUGGGUAUAUGUAAAUACUCUCUCCUUCAGUGUUC